AUGGACACUAGAAUGUAUCGUCUGGUAGAUCGCAUCCCGUUCGGUCGUAAGGCUUCCAGUCUUAUUAACAUCAGUAGCGAAAACAUCGCCGACAAGAUCAAUGAGCUGGCACAGUUGCCUCAGACGGGUGUGUCUCUUCAAUACCUACUCGAGUUCGGGACUGGCAUUUCUCCGCAGAAAUUGAUCCGAUCCGCUCGCUUUUUACAUGAGGAAAUGCCCGUACGAUACGCACAUCGUAUUAAAAACUUGGAAGACUUACCCCAUGGAUUAAGUGAAAUGCCAUCAGUUCAACAAGUACGUGAAUGGUACAUGAAUUCAGCCCAAGAACUUCUUAACUUUCCCAAAGUGGAAACGUAUCAAGAUGAAUUGGUAUUCCGCUCUUUGAUUGAAAGUAUCAAAGGACGUCAUAGUGGUACCUUAUACACAAUGGCAAAAGGAGUUCAUGAGCUCAAGAUGGAAUUAUUCAAGUCCUUUACUAAAAAAAAUAAAGGACCAAGAAUUCCUCCUACAAAAGAAUUGGGGGAACGAUAUUUAAGAUCUCAAGAAUUUGCCGAUUUAUCAGAUUUGCAUUCCUUUUUAGAUGCUUUCUAUAUGUCAAGAAUUGGUAUUCGUAUGCUUAUGAGUCAGCAUAUUGCACUUCACGACGAAGAGGAAGGCUGGGUUGGAUGUAUUUGUGAAAGUACGUCCCCCGCGGAGAUCGCUCUUGCAGCGAUUGAUACGGCCAGAUACAUGUGUCAAAGGCAGUAUGGAGAUGCUCCUAAGGUCGAGCUGCAUGGCCACACGGACUUUUCCAUGCCGUUUGUGCCAAGUCAUCUCCACCACAUGCUCUUUGAAGUAAUUAAGAAUUCGAUGCGUGCGGUUGUUGAAUUCCACGGAGUAGAUAACAACAUGCCUCCAAUCAAGAUUGUGAUUGCAGAUGGAGAAGACAACGAAGAUGUGUCAAUCAAGGUCUCGGACGAAGGCGGAGGCAUCCCACGCUCAUCGGUUUCAAGGAUUUGGUCGUAUCUCUACACGACGGCGGACUCUGAAGCAUUCGAGAGGUUAGAGGCGCCCAAUGAUUUCGGUGGUGACUCUCCGCUUGCUGGGCUGGGAUACGGGUUGCCAAUCAGUCGACUUUUUGCACGCUACUUUGGGGGAGAUCUUCAGGUGAUUUCAAUGGAGGGACAUGGUACGGAUGCUUACCUGCACUUAAAGCGUGUUGGUGACGCAUCAGAGCCGCUUCCGUGA